AUGGACUUGUUUCACCUCAACGGCCAGACGUUCAUCCUGGUGGCGGACUAUUACUCAAGGUUGCCUGAGAUGGUGACCCUCGGAAGCACGGCAUCUCAGGCAGUCAUCGAUGCUUUCGAAACCUUCUUGUCCAGCCAUGGAAUCCCGCAAGAAGUCAGGUCAGACAACGGCCCACCGUUCUCGUCGCAAGAGUUCGCGGCGUUUGCAGCGUCGUACGGCUUCAACCAUGUGACCAGUAGUCCACACUACGCUCAUUCGAACGGAGAGGCAGAGAGGAUGGUUGGUACAAUCAAGGACCUGUUUCGCAAGUCAAAGAAUCCUCAUCUGGCCCUGCUCAGCUUUCGGGAUACUCCAGGAGUCGACGGCUUUAGUCCAGCCCAGCUGUUGAUGGGACGUUAA